AUGUCAUACGUCGCGCCCAUCCACAGGCCAAGCAGCAUACGGCAGGCCUUGAGCAUACGCUUGUCAGAGGACGACGAGAACGAGAGCUUGGUGGUAGCACUCGAAGUAUGGCGCGUCACGCCCACCGACAUGUACAUGCUCGGCUCUGCCGCAGUCUACGGCACCAUCCUCCUCCUGCAACGGCUGCGACCCAAGGAUAGCAAGGCCGACCUGCUGUUCGUCGGUACCGACCGAUUCCAAUACUUUACUGCGAGAUGGGACUCGGGAACACAGAGGCUGCACACGGAGCAGGUCAUUGAAGACGCUGCGGAACCUCACAUGCGCGAAGCCCAGAGCCAGGACAAGUGCUUGGUGGACCCGACUGGCAGAUUCAUGGUCAUGCACCUAUGGGAAGGAGUCAUGAAUGUUAUGCGUUUGGGAACUCGCAAGGGAAGCUUCGCUCGCCUCGACGAUGCAUGGGAGCAGGUCCGCCUGUCUGAGCUUUUCGUCAAGGCCAGCACUUUUGUGCCCACCGAAACGGGCCACCCAACUGUCGCCUUCUUGUACCAGUCCAUGAUCGACAAGGAAGACGCACAACUCGCCAUUUACAGACUCAUGAGCGACGAUAAGAACACAAACGUUUCAAGGUUCGACCCCAGUAAACACAGGGAGUUCGAGCUCGAGAUCAAGGACCCAUACGCGCGUAUCAUCAUCCCCGUGCCCAUCGUUGAAGACGAGGUCAAGCGUUAUCACAAGAGAGACACCACGGGGGCGAAAGCCCAGCUCGGUGGCUUGAUUGUUGUCGGGGAGACUUUGCUGGUCUACGUCGAUACCCUUACACAGACCGUCGUAGAAAGUGGACUAGACAGCCCAGCCAUUUUCGUGGCGUGGGCCGCGUGCGACGGCACAAACUACUUCCUCUCUGACGACUAUGGCAACCUUCAUCUCUUGACAAUCGAGACCGAAGGCGUCGUUGUCACGGGUCUUUCUUUGAGAACAUUGGGCGUCACCUCCCGCGCGUCGUGUUUGGUAUACAUGGGAGAUGGCAUGCUUUUCCUGGGCUCUCAUUACGGCGACUCCCAGCUUCUCACAGUGGAUGUCGAAAGCAUGACGACGAGGCUUGUCCAGACCAUUCCCAACAUUGCCCCCAUCCUCGACUUCUCCAUCAUGGACCUGGGAAAUGCGGGGGACAGCCAGGUGGGCAACGCCUUCUCCUCGGGCCAGGCCCGCAUUGUUGCGGGCUGCGGCGUUCACCAGAACGGCAGUCUACGAAGCAUUCGAAGCAGUGUUGGUCUGGAAGAUAUUGGUGUACUCGAGGACUUGCAGGAUGUUCGCGGGCUGUUCAGUCUCCGAUCGCAUGGCUCACCCAAGGUCGACACGCUUGUUGUUUCCUUCAUAACGGAAACCCGAGUCUUUAGAUUCGAUGCAGAAGGAGGGAUUGAGGAGGUGUUUGACUUUCAAGGACUUACCUUGGAUAGGCCAACGCUGGUCGCAAAAACUCUGCCCGAUGGCCGCUUGUUGCAGAUUACGGCCACCACCGUGGCAGUUCUUGAUUCUCAGAGGGGCGUCACGCUAAGCACAUGGGCAGUGCCAGAUGGUAAGGCCAUCGUCAAUGCGUCAGCCAAUAGCAAGUGGGUGUUGUUGUCUAUCAAUGGCACAACUCUGGUGUCCCUGAACCUGUCAGAUAAUCUGUCAGCUCAAGAGCAAGCCUUGGGCCUCGGCGUUGGAGGCCAGGAGGAUCAGAUCUCCUGCAUCCAUGCUGCUAGUGAUCUUGAUGACAUUGGCGUCGUCGGUUUCUGGGCGACUGGCUCGGUUUCAAUCAUUGACCUUCGCACACUCAAUGCCCUCCAGGGAGAAACCAUCAAGCAGACCGACGACAGCGUAUCUAUUCCAAGAGAUCUAGUCCUAGUACAGCUUCACCCACCACACCUCCUUGGCCCUACCCUCUUCGUAGCCAUGGAAGAUGGGCAGGUCGUGUCGUUUAAUGUGUCAAAGGAGGAUUUCUCGUUAUCUAGUCGGAAGAGCGUCACUCUAGGCAGCCAACAGGCUGGUCUGCACAUUCUGCCUCGUCCAGGCGGCGAAGGUAUCAGCAAUGUCUUUGCUACCACGGAGCAUUCCAGCCUCAUUUACAGCUCCGAGGGACGCAUCAUCUACUCGGCAGCUACCGCAGAGGAUGUUACGUACAUUGCGCCUUUCGACUCGGAAGCGUUCCCCGACGCCAUUUUUCUUGCCACAGACCGAAACAUCCGGAUCGCUCAUAUUGAUGCCGAGAGAAGAACCCAUGUCAACCCGUUGCCACUGCGCGAGACAGUUCGCAGGGUCGCAUACUCGCCAGCGCUGCGAGCUUUCGGGAUCGGGACUAUUCGCCGGGAACUCGUCAACAACGAAGAAGUGGUGACCAGCUCGUUCCAGCUCGUCGACGAAAUUGUUCUUGGGGUGGUCGGUAAACCGUUCCACUUCGAUGGCUCGACGUCGACGGAAAUGGUAGAGAGCGUCAUCAGAGCGGAACUGCCAGAUAGCAUGGGCCAGCCUGCAGAAAGGUUCAUCAUCGGCACGAGUUUCCUGGCCGAUCCCGAGAUCGAUGAGAAUAGCGACAUCAAAGGCCGUAUUCUUGUCCUCGGUGUGGAUUCCGACAAGAACCCGUACUUGAUCGUUAGCCAUGAGCUGAAAGGCGCCUGCCGAAGUCUUGGCAUCAUGGGCGAGAAGAUUGUUGCUGGUUUGAGCAAGACGGUGGUGGUGUACGACUACGCUGAGGAGUCGACCACAGCAGGCGCCUUGCAUAAGCUGGCCACUUUCCGGCCUUCGACGUUUCCUGUCGACAUUGACGUCAAUGGAAACAUGAUUGGCAUUGCCGAUUUGAUGCAAUCAAUGACCUUGGUUGAGUUCGUCCCAGCUCAAGAUGGAAACAAAGCCAAGCUUUUGGAGCGAGCCCGCCACUUCCAAUACAUCUGGGCCACUUCGGUGUGCCACCUAGAGGGGCAUUCGUGGCUCGAGGCGGAUGCGCAGGGCAACCUGAUGGUGCUGAGAAGAAACCCCGACGCGCCGACAGAACACGAUCAAAAGCAGAUGGAGGUUACGAGUGAAUUUCAUCUCGGAGAACAGGUUAACAAGAUCCGGCCACUCAACAUCACACCCAACGAGAACGACCCCAUUGUUCCCAAGGCGUUCCUCGCGACGGUCGAGGGGUCAUUAUAUGUCUUUGCUGAUAUCAAGGCCGAAUACCAAAGUCUGCUACUUCAGUUCCAAGAGAGACUGGCGGAUAUUGUCAAAACGCUAGGACAAGCGGAUACUGCGCCUGGCUCUGGCCUAUCCUUCAUGGCGUGGCGAGGCUUCAGAAAUGCCAAACGCACCGCAGAUGGGCCUUUCCGGUUCGUUGACGGCGAGUUGAUUGAACGUUUCUUGGAUUUGGACGAGGCAAAGCAACAGGUGGUCAUCCAGGGUCUUGGUCCAACAGUCGAGAGCAUGCGCAACCUGGUGGAGGAGCUGAAGCGCAUGCAUUAA